UGAUUUUUUUCGCUGAUGACUUCUUAAAGCGAUCGAUUUUUUUUUUCUGGAAGUCUUGGCUCGUGCAGUGUAAUUAUUUGUUAUUGUUACUUUUUACACCUAGUCGCAGGUAAUCUCUUUUUACCAUCAGAAACCUACGACAAGGACGUGUAGCGUGAAUGACGAGAAAACUGACAUGCAUUUUUGCGUUGAACCGCCACAAAAAACAAUGUUCUCCUUUUUCACUAUUGUGUUUUUUUACAAUGGACGUACACGUGGAUUUGAACAAUGGCUAGAAAAUUAUUUUUAAAGUGCAAGAACCUUAGUUCCUAUAAUACUAGAUAUACAAUGCUAUCAGUCAUCUCCAUGGCGAAGAAGAGCAAUAUAGAAGCUUGUCCUGGCGGUGACCCGUAUUUCAAGACCUUGUCAGUGUUGGGAAUGGAUACUAGUUCCAGCCUCAUCCGUGUUUUGCUCUUCAUUGUGGCUGGGCCAUGUACGAUGAAAUGCUCCUACGCAGGCAUUUUGCAAUGUCAGCGGCUGGUGCCACCCGAUAUUACUUCCGCUUUGACUCCCUGCCGAUUCCCAUGCAUAAUAAAAUACAUCAGAGAACGUUUCAACGUUAUUAUGCAAUCUGAACCCGAUGGAACACCGUGCAGGCAUAUGGGCCAUUGCAGUGGAGGGGCCUGCCUCGAUAUUGGCAAUUACGAUGCACCAGAGCACUUCCAAUGGGAACCCAGCUCCGGCAUGACAAGCUACCACAACAUCAAUACCAACGGCGACAAUUAUGCUGGUAGCCCUGCAGUCUCAACUAGCGGCGGCUAUGCGAGAUACGGCUUUCUCAGUGAAGCAAAAGUGAAUCCGUAUACCGAUGAAGUUGUGAGCGAAAAUGGAAAGAAAAGCGGCGCACCUUUAUUUGCCAGAGAACUGAGCGCUCGAAGUGCACUUCAGCAUCUGUUACGUAUGAAACGUGCUGCGGGACGCUCCGAAGAAGGAGGGCGUGACGGCAUCGAACUGUCUGGCAGUGGAAAAUACAUUUCCCUGUCAAGAGUGAAAAGGAGGACUAAAAAGCGCAGAAGAAACAGAAAAGGUGGCCGCCCUCAAAACAAUUACAAUGACAAUACUUAUUUCAAUGGAAACAUGCACGGCGCAGGAAGCGGCGUGUAUGGCUCGCCGUAUGGCACUGGCUACCCUUCUGUCGUUGUAGUUGACGCGCGACGCAAGAAAAAAAAAAGUAGUACAGCACUGAAAAUGCUGGCUGGUGGUAUGGCCGCAGGAGGCGCGGGUCUUGUGACUUACAAACUUCUUGAUCGAGGAAAUAAGCACAAAGACUCGGGUUCUAGCGGAGCUGAAGGUCCAGACGCCAAAUCCUCUCCACCUAAUAAACCCGACGUAGAGGGGAAGGCAGCUGGCGCUGAAGGCACAGAGACAGGAAAUACAGGCGAGACAGAAACAGGCAAGCCGGAAGGCACAGGCGGGGGAGAAAACGGCGCGAAGAAAAGCGAGGGUGCUGAAGCCAGCGCGACCCCGACAGCCAAGAGCACUGGAACGGACGUGACCGAGACUGUUGGCACCGACCAGGCACAAAACACCAACAGCAGUAAAACCGACGCAAGCGAGGGCGCUAGAACCGACACGACCGAUGUCACAAAGAGUGCAGCAACCAUCGUUGCCGUCAAUGGCCAGGUGACUGGAACGAACGUUAACGCAAAAACCGAAACUACAACAACAGGACCAGCCGUAAGUGCUGGAUCCGGUACGACCGAGAAAAACACUGACAAAGGGGGCAGUUCUUCUGCACUCCCAACAGCACCGGUGCACACAGACGUACGGGCAGGGUCAAAAGUAUCAGUCAGAGUUGACGCAACUGGCGUUCACAUCGACGUUGACAAAGGAAAUGAAGGCAGUAGAUUUUAAAAGAUUAAGUAAAUAGUACCCUGAAGGCACAUCUCGAACUAACGAAUAUAAAUAGGCUUGGCAGAGGGGUCCUCUAAGAAGCAGCCUCACUCUCAGUUGCGAGAGUUUCCGCAUUGCCACUGGUAAAUUGGUGAUGGAGUACACACAUGCAAACGGCAAACACUUCAAUCUGUUUCAAUUAGUGGGGCGUCGGUCAUUUAGCAAUAGCUAAAAUAUAGGCAUGUCAUCAUACGGCGGUGCUUAAUCGUGGUGAUUAGGAUAUUAUUUUAGCUUUAUUGAUUCAACCCGCACGUCUCGUUUCGUGGUGGCUGCCCAAUUGACUACGAGGGCUACGUAAUUAGGCGCUGGCAAAUAAUUUUCACCAAUUCAAGGCACGUAGACCCUAUCGUAAAUUUAGGCGACCGCGCGUCUUUGCAUUCCCUUUCUUUCUUAAUUCCUCUAAUUCUUGAUUCGCAGGACACUAAAAUAGGUGUCUUAUAUUAGCCAUUGAAAGCAUCCAAUAAGUAAAACCUCUAUGCUUCCGCGCCAGAACAUUGCCAGCGAAUCUUUCGAAAGUCACAUUAGGGAAACAAUUGCUGGUAUAUGUGCGUGCUACAGGCAGUGAGCUGCUCCAGUUUGGUCGUUUCUAAAUGGAAUCGUAGACAUAAUCCAAUCGAGUGUUCAUAUGUCAUUUGAUGAUGACAACUUCACUGUACACUCUAGGAUUUAUUUUGCACGUUACUGUUGCCUGGUGAAAUAUUCCAGCUCAACUUAUAUGCGUUUUGUCAUCAUCUGAAAGCAAUUUUUUAAUUGAAGAAAGAAAUGUUUUAAUGAAUAAGCAAGCUUGUUUUUCCUAUGUCUAGGUUUAAUAAAAUGCUGUUUUUUGUGCUUUGGU